CUCACACAGAAAUAUGGAUGAGACGAUGUUACAAGUCAACGGCUGUCAGACUGACCCCCGCUGCAUGGGCCCAUAAACAUGUCCACAGAUGACAGUAUCUCUGAGGAUGUGUCCAGCUCGGGGGCCUUGAGCCACUGCCAUGCCAGUCCGGACUUGGAUGGAGGUAAGGAGAGCGAGACCUCUCUGGUGUCCUCCGAGGGGACGUCAGCCUCGGGGCUCGCCAUCUCCGAGGGCACGAGACGCGCCACCUCCCAGACCACAGGGGGCGCUGUGGAGAGCCGGCCCAUGGACAUCACACCAGCAUGCAACAAGAUCAGGAGUCUGUGUCUGAGCACGGAUGAAGCAUUCGAACAAGGGAAGAACCUCCCAUUCAUCAACCCGAGCUCCCUGGAGACCCUCAGAGCCUUGGUGCAGGAGAUCCAGAGCAGCGGAGAGACGGACCCGGAGAUCUGGAAGGAUUGCGAGGGUCGAUGGUUGCAUCUGUUUCAGCUGGUCGAGAAGCAAUAUCAAGAGCAGAUACUCGCUCAGCAAGAACAAUAUCAAUGCCAAAUACAGUUGAUUCAGGAUGAGAUUAAAGCCCUGGUUCAGCUCCAGAACCGCCCAGGCAGCAUCCAACCACACACAGACUUCUCUCCAACUUCAGUCACCAAAACCUCCACAAACACAAAAGACUAUAUCUUCCCCCUCAUCUCCACCGACUGCACCGUCCCCAAAAAUGUGGCCAUGGACAACGACAGCCUGGCAGCACCUGCACACACCCCGUUCAGCUCCCCUUCACCUCCGCUCCAGAGAUCGGAGACCGCCAACCACGGGGAGGAGCGGGUGACCACGGUGCUCAGCAGCGGCUACGGGACUCUGUCCACGUGGGAAACGGCCCUGGAGGCUGCUGGGUCUCCGGGGGAAGACGAGGACGGCGGUCAGGGUGGCAGAGAGAAGCUUCACUGGUCCUCCACCUUCCAGGAAGCUACGACAGAGGCGGCUACGAUGGAGAACCAGCAGGAUUUCUUCAACAAGACGACGGUUGAAGUGGAGGAAUGUAACCCGUUAGACUACCAGCAGAAACCAUCUGGCUCCAGUCAGCUGUUGACUUCGUGGGCCCAGAGGCAGAAACUCAGACCUAAGAAGUCUAAAACAGGACAAGGUUCAUCAUCCCAAAUCUCCGAGUACCAGGAGCAGCCUCACAACCCCGGAGAGUCCCACAGACAAAACCCCCUGGAGAGCGCAGACUCCCAGGACCAGCAUCGAGCAGCUGGGCCCUCGUCCAGCUUUUUCCCCCUGAAGAGGAGCGACAGUCUGGUGUCUGAGGCAUCAGGUCUGACUUACUGGCGUCUGAACGAGACUGACAUGUAUCACCCGCUACCGGACAGCCUGGACAGCGGCGCUUACCACCUUCUGCAGGAGGCCUCCAUGAGUCUGACUCCACCUCAGGAGCCUCGGUUGUCUCUCAGAGAAAUCUACCAGAAUAAGCAAAGAGCAGACUUUAAGCGCUCAGACUGGGAAGGCUCUGUUAUUUCCAGUCCUUCGUCUCCGCAGGUGUUGACUUUAGACCCAGGUGUGAACAUGCGGCAGUCAGAUCGUACCUCUGGCUUCACUUCGCCCUCUCACUUCAGCAGCCCGUCGUUCGCCACCCAGCCUCACCUCUACGCCAGAGUCGGGACCCCCGUGACCCCCGACAGCAUGGUGGAGAGCAGUCCCAACCCGGGAGAUACAGACUGCAUCUCUGAUACCUCUAGCGUUUCAGCUGCCGGACCUUCUCCUUAUAAGGUGCAAACGUCGUGGGGAAACCCGUCCCACGUAGCCCCGCCUCCGUCUACCUCCCAGGAUAAGACCCAGCCCCGCUCCCACAAAGCCAGCCACCAACGCAGAGCCAGUGCCCCCUUAGCCAGCGAGGAGGAGGGCAGUCACACCCACACCAGCACUCUGAAGCCUGGUUCAGCCUCUGGUGUUACUCUGGGCCGUGCAGUCAGUCCACACAUGGAGAAAGCGUCAUCACUGGAAGAUCCUGUUGUUCUCUCUCUAUUGAGGCAGAACCUGAGAGAGAAGCACUCUCGACACGUGGCGGAUCUGAAAGCGUAUUACGAGUUUGAGAUCCAAGUCCUACGAGACAAACUCAAACUCAAAGAUCUGCCCCAGGAUUUAGAGAAGAGCAACCAUGCGCUCAUGGAGAGGUGCAAACAACUGGAGAAAGCUCUGGCUGAAGCCACCAAUCAUAUUCAGGAACUGGAGGCAACCAACAGCUUACUGGAGAAAAAACUGGCAGAAUGGCCGGAGCGGUAUGCCGUAGCGGCCGCCACUGUGAAGUCUUUACAGCAGCGGCUUGAAGAAAGCAAACGUUCGGGCAAAGAGAAGGACGCCUUGGCAUCUCGCCUGAAGACCCACGUACGACAGCUGGAGGAGGCGGCGCAGAAAGCCAUCAGAGAGGCGGACGAGAAGGACGCCAGGAGGGAGAGAGAGUACAAGAUGCUCCAGGAUCUGCUUGGAGAAUAUGACUCUUUGGUGAAGGACCACGAAGGACUAAAGAGCAACCUGGUGUCAACAGAAGACAAACUUUUCAAUGCCAAUGAUCAGAUAUCAGAGCUGAAGAGAGUUAUCUCUAAACUGGAGUCUCAGGUGAAGCAGCUGGAGCACGAGAACCAGGCCAGGACCCGUCAGGCUUCCCACAGUAACACACAACCUUCUGGAGCCGGUCUUUACCAUCAUCCCGACCUGCUGCGGUCGCCCACCAAAUGCAGAGCAGAGCCAGAUGUCGCCCGCAGGAAAAAGUCACAGUUCUCUCAAAACAACCAGUCACAUAUGCACAAGAAGUCUCCCAAUCUGUUAAAUGAUCAGUCAUCAGGAACAGGAAGCUCUCUGGACGCCUCGUCAGCUAGCGGGAGCUGGAGGUGUGCUUCUCCUCCAGAGUGUGAGCAGUCUCUGCCGCAGCCUCGACACCAGGAGCAGAGCGGCGGUGGCGGUGGCGGUGGCAGCGGUGGAGGCGGCGGCCAGCGGGAAUCCAGCAGGAGGGACGGAUCCUGCGCUCUGACGCCUGUGAUGAGGGCCCUGAUAGAGCUGGAGGAGACCAGAGCCACAGAGAGCCGGGCCCCCUGUAAGAACAGCUCCAGCACCCACAGGGUCGGCCCUCAGAGGACCACGGUGGGGUUUGUGGAGCGGAGACUCAAAGAGCCGAUCCAGGAGCGAGUCGUGAUCCAGGCGGACAGCGAUGUGGCUAAACCUGGAGGAGGAGCGGCCGGAGCGGAGCGAGGAGGAGGAGGAGGUGGAGCAGCAGUGAAAAGUCGCAAUGGAGCGGAAAGAGCUACGACUCUGCUGAAAGCUCAGAGGAGUUUGUCUCCAGAGGGCCACAGAUCCUCCUCACUUCCUCCUCCAGCACAUCGAAACAUCCCCACUGCUACUACACCCACAAAAAGAGACACUCUACUCCUGCCUCUGUCUGCGAAGUCGAGCCCUAAACGCUGCCCCAGUGAGAACUACUCCACUGCUUUUGGUCACCUGAUGCCACGAGAGGAACACAUGCACAAAAGGUUUGACGGAGACGUCGACCAGAGGCGUCACUCAUUCCACAGCGGCAGCCCCAGGAAGAGACUCCAGUUCACAUCAGCAGACAGAGACGAUGUUCAGCAGCAGCCGGAGUCCUCCAACAGCUUGAACCCACCUGAUGGAAACUCCCAGCUGGGUUGGGAGGAGCGGGCGGUCUGUGGCGGAGGUGGAGGAGGCGUCGCUGGAUCUGACCUGCAGGACUCGUACGAGGAUGCGGCCCCGCUGUUCCUGGACAGGCUGCAUUCUCUGGCCGAGGCCGAGAAACUGUUUGACGAGCUGACGCAGGAGAAACUACAGAUUGAGGCAGCUUUGAGCCGGAUGCCCGGAGCCGGCGGCAGAGUGAGUCUACAGACCCGGUUAGAUGAGGUGGCCUUAGAGAAUCGUCUGGAGAGGCUGAAUCGUGAGCUGGGAUCGAUUCGCAUGACUCUGAAGAGAUUCCACGUCCUCCGCUCCUCCGUUAACAUCUAGCGACGUCCGUGUAAACGACGUUAGCUACGACGUUAGCGACAACGUUUUAAUUUUUUUUUCUAUACCACGCAGCACUGAUUGUCUUUCAGUCUCUCCCUGUGCCAUAAAAACUGGUUUCUCUCUGUACAGCAACUUCCUCCAAACACGGCAUCUUCUUUUCUACGUAUCUACUUAUUACUCGGGGAUACUUUUUUAUAUGUCUGAGAUAUAAAAUAUUACAAUUUUUUCGGAGUAUAUUUUUAGUAAGACACAGAUUUGUACAGUCGUUUACUUUUUUAGUCACAGAAAUAUUAAUAUGAUAUGUUUUAAUUGCCAUAUUUCAGGUUUUUAAAAUAACAUUUAAAAAAAAAAAUCGGAUUAAAAUGUUGUGGAAGAUUUUUAAAAAGGAAAAAAUGGGAGCGA